AUGCCUCUGCGCGAACCUAAUUCUUGCUGCCAAAAUACAUCUAUCUAUCUAUCUAUCUAUCUAUCUAUCUAUCUAUGUAGCCUGCGCUUAACUGUCGCCGCUAGCUUAUUGAUAUCUAUCUAUCUAUCUAUCUAUCUAUCUAUCUAUCUAUCUAUCUCAGUUUUUGAUAUCUAUCUAUCUAUCUAUCUAUCUCAGUUUGUUCAUAUCUGUCACAGGUUAUUGAUAUCUAUCUAUCUAUCUAUCUAUCUAUCUCAGUUUGUUCAUAUCUGUCACAGGUUAUUGAUAUCUAUCUAUCUAUCUAUCUCAGUUAUUGAUAUCUAUCUAUCUAUCUAUCUAUCUCAGUUUGUUCAUAUCUGUCACAGGUUAUUGAUAUCUAUCUAUCUAUCUAUCUAUCUAUCUAUCUCAGUUUGUUCAUAUCUAUCACAGCUUAUUGAUAUCUAUCUAUCUAUCUAUCUCUAUCUUAGUUUUUUGUUCAUAUCACAGGUUUUUGAUAUCUAUCUAUCUAUCUAUCUAUCUCAGUUUCCUCAUAUCUAUCACAGGUUUUUGAUAUCUAUCUAUCUAUCUAUCUAUCUCAGUUCAUAUCUGUCACAGGUUAUUGAUAUCUAUCUAUCUAUCUAUCUAUCUAUCUAUCUAUCUAUCUAUCUAUCUAUCUCAGUUAUUGAUAUCUAUCUAUCUAUCUAUCUAUCUAUCUAUCUAUCUCAGUUUGUUCAUAUCUGUCACAGGUUAUUGAUAUCUAUCUAUCUAUCUAUCUAUCUAUCUAUCUAUCUAUCUAUCUCAGUUAUUGAUAUCAUAUCUAUCUAUCUAUCUAUCUAUCUAUCUAUCUAUCACAUCUAUCUAUCUAUCUCAGUUUGUUCAUAUCUGUCACAGGUUAUUGAUAUCUAUCUAUCUAUCUAUCUAUCUAUCUCAGUUUGUUCAUAUCUGUCACAGGUUAUUGAUAUCUAUCUAUCUAUCUAUCUAUCUAUCUAUCUAUCUAUCUAUCUAUCUCAGUUUGUUCAUAUCUGUCACAGGUUAUUGAUAUCUAUCUAUCUAUCUAUCUAUCUCAUUUGUUCAUAUCUGUCACAGGUUAUUGAUAUCUAUCUAUCUAUCUAUCUAUCUAUCUGUCAGUUUGUUCAUAUCUUCUAUCAUCAUCUUAUUGAUAUCUAUCUAUCUAUCUAUCUAUCUAUCUAUCUAUCUCAGUUUGUUCAUAUCUGUCACAGGUUAUUGAUAUCUAUCUAUCUAUCUAUCUAUCUCUAUCUAUCUAUCUCAGUUUGUUCAUAUCUGUCACAGGUUAUUGAUAUCUCUAUCUAUCUAUCUCAGUUUGUUCAUAUCUGUCACAGGUUAUAUGAUAUCUAUCUAUCUAUCUAUCUAUCUAUCUAUCUAUCUAUCUAUCUAUCUAUCUCAGUUUGUUCAUAUCUGUCACAGGUUAUUGAUAUCUAUCUAUCUAUCUAUCUAUCUCAGUUUGUUCAUAUCUGUCACAGGUUAUUGAUAUCUAUCUAUCUAUCUAUCUAUCUAUCUCAGUUUGUUCAUAUCUGUCACAGGUUAUUGAUAUCUAUCUAUCUAUCUCAGUUUGUUCAUAUCUGUCACAGGUUAUUGAUAUCUAUCUAUCUAUCUAUCUAUAUCAGUUUGUUCAUAUCUUUUGUUCAUAUCUAUCACAGCUUAUUGAUAUCUAUCUAUCUAUCUAUCUAUAUCUCUAUAUCUAUCUUAGUUUGUUCAUAUCUAUCACAGCUUAUUGAUAUCUAUCUAUCUAUCUAUCUAUCUAUCUAUCUAUCUAUCUAUCUAUCUAUAUCGCUUUAUCUAUCUUAUCUGAAAUACGAAUUUGUACAGAUAACACAAAUCUAUCUAUCUAUCUAUCACAAGCUGUCCAAAUCUAUUUCAGUCUGUCCAUAUUUAUCUAUUUUAAUCUGCUCAUAUCUAUCUAUCUAUCUAUCUAUCUGA